AUGCAUGACACGGUUGAGUCCAUGCUUUCAGACUAUGACAUCCUUUCUCAGUCUAGCAUCCAGCAACACUCACUGAAGAAGAGGGACCUCCAGCCUGAGACACACCUAGAGAGGCUCUUAAGUUUUUCAGCCCUGCAAAGGCACUUUAAAUUAUACUUAACUGCAACUGCUGAACACUUUUCAGAAAAAUUUCAAGCAUUAAUUGUGGAUGGUGAAGGCAAGGAAAAUGAGUAUCGUGUUCAAUGGCAAGACUUUUUCACUGGACAUGUCGUUGGAGAGCAUAAUUCCAAGGUUGUGGCACAUAUUGGGGAUGAAGACUUUACAGUAAGAAUCAAUACUGAUGGAGAAGAAUACAAUAUAGAGCCACUGUGGAGAUUUGUAGAUAACGUGCAAGAUGAAAGACUGCUGGUCUACAGAUCUGAAGAUAUCAAAGACUUCUCACGAUUGCAGUCCCCCAAAGUGUGUGGUUAUUUAAAGCUGAACGAAGAAGAACUGCUGCCAAAAGGACUGGAAGACAUGAAGCAAAAUGAAGCAAGCAUCCAUCGGAAGAAAAGAGCUGUUCCGGAGAACUCCAAAAACACAUGCAAGAUGUUAGUAGUGGCAGAUCACCGUUUUUUUAAGUAUAUGGGCCGUGGGGAGGAGAGUACUACUAUAAACUAUUUGAUUGAAUUGAUAGACAGAGUAGAUGACAUCUACCGAAAUACUUCCUGGGACAAUGGAGCCUUCAAUGGGUACGGCAUACAGAUAGAGCAGAUUAUCAUCCACAAUGAGCCAAAUUUUGUAAAACCUGGAGAAAAGCAUUACAAUAUGGCAAAAAGUUACCCAGAUGAUAAGAAAGAUGCCUGGGAUGUGAAAAUGCUGCUAGAGCAAUUUAGCUUCGAUAUUGCUGAGAAAGCAGCUCAUGUGUGCCUUGCUCAUCUCUUCACGUAUCAAGAUUUUGACAUGGGAACGCUUGGAUUGGCUUAUGUUGGCUCUCCCAGACCUAACAGCCAUGGUGGCAUUUGUCCUAAAGCUUAUUAUAGUCAAAUUGCAAAGAAGGACAUCUAUCUGAACAGUGGCUUAACCAGCACCAAGAACUAUGGGAAGACCAUCCUCACAAAGGAGGCUGACCUGGUUACGACGCAUGAACUCGGACAUAACUUUGGAGCAGAGCAUGAUCCCGAUAGUCUGCCAGAAUGUGCCCCCACUGAAGACCAGGGAGGGAAAUACGUUAUGUAUCCAAUUGCUGUCAGUGGAGAUCAUGAAAACAAUAAGAUGUUCUCAAGCUGCAGCAAAAAAUCCAUCCAUAGGACCAUAGAGAUCAAGGCCCAGGAGUGCUUCAAAGAGCGCAACAACAAAGUGUGUGGGAACUCCAGGGUGGAUGAAGGGGAGGAAUGCGAUCCUGGCCUCUUGUACCAACAGGCUGAUCCCUGCUGCUCUGCAGACUGUAAACUGAAAGAUGGUGCCAAAUGCAGUGAUCGGAACAGCCCCUGCUGUAAAGGCUGCCAGUUUGAAAGUGCACAGAAGAAAUGCCAAGAAGCCAUAAAUGCCACUUGUAAAGGAGAGUCUUUUUGCACUGGGAACAGCAGCGAGUGCCCCCCUCCAGGGAAUGCUCCAGAUGACACAGUCUGCGUGGACAUGGGGAAGUGCAAGGAUGGGGAGUGCGUCCCUUUCUGUGAGAGGGAGAAGAACCUACGGUCGUGUGCGUGCAACGAAACGGAUAAUUCCUGCAAGGUGUGCUGCCGGGACGAGCAGGAUAGGUGCAUACCGUACGUCGAUGCUAAUGACCAGUUCCUGUUCCUGCGCAAGGGGAAGCCUUGCACUGUGGGCUUCUGCGAUACAAAUGGUAAAUGCGAGAAGCAAGUACAGGAUGUGAUUGAACGAUUUUGGGAUUUCAUAGACCAACUCAGCAUCAAUACUUUUGGGAAGUUCCUAGCGGAUAAUAUAGUGGGCUCUGUGCUUGUCUUCUCCUUGCUUUUUUGGAUUCCUCUCAGCAUCCUUGUGCAUUGCGUGGACAAGAAAUUGGACAAGCAGUACGAGGAGAACACGAAGUCCCUGUUUUGCCCCAGUAACGUGGAGAUGCUCAGCAGUCUGGACUCUGCCUCCGUUCGAAUCAUCAAGCCCUUCCCUGCAGCGCAGUCGACAAGCCGGCACCAGCCGCUGCAGCCCAUCACAGCUGUGCCCGCUGUCGCUGCGGCACCGAAACAGGACCACCAAAGAAUGGACACUAUUCAGGAGGACCCAAGCACCGACUCUCACAUUGACGAGGACGGGUUUGAGAAGGACCCUUUCCCAAAUAGCAGCUCGGCCGCCAAAUCUUUUGAGGACUUGACAGACCAUCCUGUCAUUAGGAGUGAGAAAGCUUCGUCCUUUAAACUACAGCGCCAGAACCGGGUGGACAGCAAAGAAACAGAAUGCUAGUGUCUUGCUGCCUUCUAAAUGUAUGACUUGUGUCUGCAAAAUAAGGAUCUAAAACCAUUUCAUUUAUAUAAAUAUAAAUAUAUGUAUAUAUAUUUUUGUGAGGGAGUGGGAGAAAUAAGGAAGUGACCUACUGCAGAUGCUGGUCAUGUGUAUGACCUUCCUUAAAUUACGUUUAUUAGAGCAUUAUAUCUUUUAAAAAGGAAAAUCCAAACUAAAACUGGCUUGUUUUUGAAGCUUUUUGGAUUUGUUUUUCCAUUUCCUUGACCUUUAACAUUUCCUUCAACCUGUGGUGCAAAACCGAAUAUCCUGCUGGAUAUUGGAUUGUGUAUAUCGGCCUUUUUUAUAAUUUAAUAUUUUGUAGUCUGACAGCACUGAUAGACAAAAUUAAGGGGCUUUUAAAAACAAAAUGAAAACACUGCAGUGUGUUCCAUAUAGCGUAGAUCAUUUAGCAGUUUAAGGUACAUGUAAGCAAAAGCCUAAACAUGCUUCGAGAACAGAACGAGGGUAAUGAAACAGACAAAAAUAGUGUCUUGCAGCAUUAAAUGAAGAUGCAUAAUUGGAAUCAAGAAGCUUAAGAUACACAGCUUCGAAAUAAAAACAAAAGGGUCCUGCAGAGGCUGUUAAACCUUACGCGAUGCACGGAAGUGCUCCUCUAGCAUGAAGGUGUUUUGCCUCUCACGGUGAGGUUGUCUUGUCUGCGUGUCUCCAUUGCAGAGAAAGGCUUUCGCUGGGAGUUUCCCGCUCUGCACCGAGAGGCUCGUGUGUUGCAGGUGUCUGGUAGGAGAAAGCAGCCUAAGUGGAGAAAUCAUUUAUGCGGAUGAGGACUCUUAACCAGCUGUUCACAGCGGUGGUUUCGGUGCGGAGAUGUUUCUCCGAAUGUUAUUUUGAAAUAGGUAACGCUAUUGUUGAGGUGUUCAAAGAGCUGAGCCUCAGUUUUCUGUGGCCUGUGUGGCCUUU